GGAGAAUCGUGCAAAUUAUCAUGCUGAUCGUACAUGCUAAUCCAGACUAACCAAUAGAAAUAAUGGGCGUUACCAUGACAUUCACGACCCAGUUUUAACCAAUAAAAACUCAAUUUAUAUUAUGUGAGCUAUUCGGAUACGAAAUGAACAAUGAAGACACGCAUUUAACUGCAGUCUUUCCUUUGAGCUAGGGGAGUGGGUCAGAUAAUAUGGGUAACGAAUCAAAAUUUAGAGUUGAGGUACAUGUUGUGCUAUCUUCCUGUCUGACUGUAUAUUGUAUGUGUAUUCAUAUAUGACAUGUAUAUAUUGACUGUGUGAUUGUUUGCAUGUGAUUGUUAUCUGUCUGUUACAUGUGUACAUGUGAUUGGGACAGUCAAUUUUGGCCUGUGAGAAUUAUUAGUUUUAUUAUCAUUGUCCUGACUAAAGAAUUUUUUGGGCGUGAAAUACUUUUUUAUUUUUUAUUUUUUUUGCAUCACUAAGGUGGUUUUUUGCUGCUUUCAAUUCUGCGACAUUUAUUUGUCGCUUUAAAAUUUCAUCUCAGGAGUAAUCAUUACAAUUAAAUUGUGAAUUAACAAAAUAAAUUCGGAUUAAUAUAAUUUAUACACAAUGAUGAUGAUGAUGUUAGAUCAUCAUUCCACUGAACAUCAUAAUGGUUUAGAUCCAAAAUCUGAUACAGAUAUUGGAAUAGUUAAUUCUAACAUAUUAUGUGAAUCUAGACGACCAAAUUCUAAUAUACCUAAAGUAAAUGGAGAUUUCACACAUAAUACAUUUCAUUCUUCACCAACAUAUGUUUAUCCACUUGAUCGACAUUCCGCUCCAGCAUCUACAAAUAAAUCAAUUUCACGUCAAGUAACACCGAAUGAUUCAUGCCAUGAAAGUACUUUACGUUUACACGAAGAUCGUAAACUAUUCAUUGGUAUGUUAGGAAAGCAUCAAACAGAGAAAGAUAUUCAAAAUUUAUUUUCACCUUAUGGACUUAUUGAAGAAUGUACAAUUUUACGUGAUCAAAAUGGAUUGAGUAAAGGUUGUGCUUUUGUAAAAUACUCCUCGAGUACAGAAGCGGCAAACGCUAUCGAUCAUAUGCAUAAUAGUCAAACAAUGCAAGGUGCAUCUUCUCCGUUAGUUGUAAAAUUUGCCGAUACAGAGAAAGAACGUCAAGUUCGCAGACAGCAUCAACAGAGCACAACAAACGGUUCUUGUUCUCCGGCGUCAGGGCAUUCUACCAGUACAGGGAUGACUAAUGGUCACUUAGAUGGAUCUCAUACAUCAAUGCAACAAUAUAAUCAACAACAAUCUCUUCGAACUCCAAUUACGAAUAUCACAGAGGCGUCCAAUAUGGCGGUAGCGGCGGCUGCUGCAGCUGCCGCGGCUAACGCAUUUCAACAAUCACUUGUUGCGUCUAAUGUUGCACCAGGGUAUUUACAAUUCCCGCCUGGUUUAUUUCCUACCGCUUCAUCAAAUGCUAGCCCUGUUCCUAAUGGUUUCCAAAGUUCAGUCACUCAAUUUACUCAACAACAGCAGCAACAACAACAACAGAGUCAAGUAGCUCAACAAGGAUCCGCUUCUGCUUAUUUUAACCCUAUGGCAGCUUUUAUGGCGGCUGCAGCUGCAAUGCAAUAUGCCAAUCCACAAUUAGCAACUGGUAUAACAGAAAAUCAAUCAAGUCGUUCAACAUCUAUUCCAUUGCAAUUGAACACGAUUGUUAGUCAUCCUACAAUCGGUGUUGCUCAUCAGCAUAAUCCACUUACAGGAACUGGUCAUUCAGUGCCGAAUGCUUCAGCGUUAGCAUCAUUGGCUGCCGGUUGUCCAGCCACUACUUUACAAAAUAAUACACUUCCUCAAUUAGCUUCAUUGUUCCCUUUGACAGAUGUCGCUCUAUUAUCUCCAGCCGCUUUAGCUGCUCUUACUCAAGUUGGCGCAGGUGCAGUUACUGGAGGUUUAUUAACUGAAGCUGGAGUUUCUGGUAAUAACGAAUUUAACAAUGCCUUUGGUACUGGUCUAUUAGUUUCUGCUUCACCAUCUACAAUAUCACCGUCGAGUUUCGCCAGCAUAGGUAAUGGUACUACCCAAGGCCAACAACCAGUUUCUAACUCUUCAUCAACUGGUAGUGUUUUACCAAAUGUUUCUCUUGGUGCAACUGCUAAUAUCUUGGUCUCAUCUCCAGGAAUGGUUACUCCGGUUGCUUCUACACCUCCUACCGUUAGUCCAGCUAUUUUACCGUCACCAAUAACAAAUGAGCCUGUAGGUUUGUAUGCAGCCGCUGUCGCUUUACAGAAUUCAACUGCAGUAGGCCAUACAAAUGCAAAUGCAUUACAAUUUCCGCAACUACAUCCAUCGUAUGCAGCAGCUGCUGCCGCCGCUGCCCAAUCAAUGACACCAUCUCCAGUGAACACUGCACUAAAUUCGUAUUUGACGGAAAAUGCAGCUUUACAAGCGGCGGCGUUAGCUGCCGCUGCAGCCGCAUCUGGUCAGUCGUUUACUAAUGAUCCUAUCGUUCAUCAACUCUAUGCUGGUCUUCAAGCCUACGGGUUAGCUUAUCCUACUGGAGGUGCCGCAUAUACCACUUUUCCUAAUUUACAUCAUCAAGCUUUAUCAAUGCCUGUUCAACAGAAAGAAGGUACCAGGGAACUGAUAUUAACAGGUCCCGAAGGAUGUAAUCUAUUCAUUUAUCAUUUACCACAAGAAUUCGGUGACAAUGAAUUAGCUCAAAUGUUUAUGCCAUUUGGUACAGUGAUCAGCGCUAAAGUUUAUGUUGAUCGAGCUACUAAUCAAAGCAAGUGUUUCGGUUUUGUCAGUUUUGAUAAUCAUACAAGUGCUCAAAAUGCAAUUCAAGCAAUGAAUGGUUUUCAAAUUGGUAUGAAACGAUUGAAAGUACAAUUGAAACGUCCUAAAGGCGGUAACACUUCAUCAACAUCAUCAUCGUCAAAUACAAAAUCUUCUCGUGAUACUACUACACAUACUGGACAAAGACAAGACGGUGAUUUAUCUCUUCCUUCACAGGAUUCUAUAUACUCUGAGGUUCUUGUGCUCUAGAGGGUCUUGUGUAUAAAAGAUAGUCGUAAGCCCUACUGAGACAGUCUCGGUUGCUCCGGUACCUGCUUUAUGAGGUGUAUGUAAUCGUUUGUUUCUCCCUCUUUUCUCUCUCUUCUUCUAUUCCUGAAAAAUCACAACAAUACAGGUCAACUACAUUUUUGUUGUCAUUCUUCUAAUUGAUACUAUUCAUCUGCCGGCUUCCAUCUUGAAUCUUACGAUGGUAACUACAUUUAUCAAUCUAAGUUAUGCCUCUAUUCUCUUCAUAUGCUCAAAUUUCUCCUGCUCUUAAAUUAUUUUUGCUAACUUCUGGAGUGCAUACAUUUAUCUCUUUCUGCCUCUCCUCCUAUUCUUUAGCAUGAUUCUUCACCAUUAAAUCUAUUGUAUGGUUAGUUUGAAAAAAUAUGUUGAUCUAGAUUCCGCUUUAUUCUUAGUUUCCUGAACGAAAAUCAAAAUGAAUUGUCUUCUCCGUUUUUUCUUUCUUUGACGUUGUACUCUGUGUGUCUAUGUGUGUGUCUGUGUCGAGUGUUUCUCCCCACUCGGUUUGAUUGAUCGCUGCAAUACAAUAAAUAAAACUAAACAGAAACAAACAAACAAACACAGAAUUUUGAUAGAAACAGAAAAGAUACAUUCUUCUUUGUUUUAGUAAAUAUGGCAUUGUUGUGAAAUAAGAGCCACCCUCCAUUCACGGUAUACAUUUCAAUGGGUCUUGUUUAUCAUUAUUUAUUUACCAUGAACUAUUUUCACUGAUUCAUUUUACUAAUACAUAGAAAUAUUAAUACAAAGUAUGGUUAUACUUGAUAUUCACCAUUAUUAUUAUUAUUAUUAAUCCCAUCAUUAAGAUAACUGUUAAUGUAUUGUUUUAUUUUAUGCAACCUUAGUGUUGUUUCUAUGGUUGUUGUCGUCGUCAUAUGAGGAGGUGCUUUUUUCUUCUUUCUUGUUAUUCUCCAUCUUCUAUGUUUUUCUUUCUUUUCGUCUGUGAAUAUAUAUUACUAUAAUGAUUAGUGGUUUGUUUGGCUCUCAUUCCUUCUGUCAGAAAAUGAUAAUUGUAUCCUGCUCAUUUUCUCUAUAAUUCCUUCGAUUUUCACUGAGACACAAUAGAGACAGGAUGAGGGGGAAACACGCACACACACACACACACGUAUAUGCAUAUUUUUUACAUGAUGAAUGAAUUGUUCAUAAAUAACAGAUUUUGCUUAAUUAUUAUUAUUAUUAUUAUUAUUAUUGUUGUUGUUGUUGUAAAUGACCUAUUGUCGUCAUCACUACUGUUGUAGAGUUGUUGAGUUACUUUUGUGAAUUACUGAGUAUUUUGUUUGUUUGUUUGUUUGUUGAUAAAAAACACGACUGUUUUUUUUCCAUAUGGCAUAUCGUUUCAUUAUGAUUGAGUCUAUUUUUUAAGAGAGAAAAAAAAAUUUAAACAUUCCGCUUACUGGUUAUUUGUUUUUCUUGACGAUCUGAUUCUCUCUCUCUCUCUCUCUCUAUCGAUUGAUGUUGCAUUCGUUUAUUUGUCUUCGUCUUUGUCACGAGUUCCAUUUUUGCAUUUUAAACAUUUUCACAUAUUGUUGCUAAUGUGUCCAAGCUUUGGCACAUUGAUUAAAUAACAAUAACACUUAUAUAUAUAAUUUAUAUAUCCAUUUUGGUUACUCAUUCAUUCAUCCAUCUAUCCAUUCGUUAUUAUUAAUCAACCUAAAUGAUCUAUCAUCAGUAUCAUUGCAAAAUGAAAAACAAAACAUACAUAACAAAUGAAUAAACUAGAUUGUUUUCGACGAUUUUUCUCUUUUUUUUUUCUGAUGACCAGUUAUUUACCUCCGAUAUAUAUAUAUACAUAUGGAUUAUUCUUUCAACAUAUUUUUGAAAAACAUAAUUUUCAUCCACUUGUCUUUGCUAUAUACAUUCCUUAGUUCAAUUAUAGAAAUGGAACAUAUUUUAUGAGAUGAUGUUUUGUUCAUACUUAUAUUAAACAAUUUCUUCACAUCGACUACGAUUGUUAGUAACAAUAACGGUAAAGGAGAAAUAAAAGAAGGAUAUUUACAGACUCAAGUUCUACUGUUGUUGUUAUUGUUGUUAGUGGUGGUGGUGGUGAUGAUGAUGAUGAUGUUGGUAAAAACCAUAGACAUAUUUCUCUUAUUUUUCUAUACCACUAUAUACUACUGAUAAGCAAAUUGUUUCUGUUUUCCUUCAUUCGCUCUCUGUUUCUCUCUCUUUCUUCAUAUUUUACUAUCCACAUACCCUCAUCCUCUCAUUCACAUGGUUAUCUGAUCCAUACACUUCAAAAUAUACAGAGACAAACUUAGAGAAAAUCUUAAUUUCACUCCUGAAGAAAGUAGACAGGACAAUAUUAUAUACAGCGCAAUGUAACAAACAGACAAGUGGAAGCAUCAGAGCAACUAAGCAAAACGAAUGCAUUUAAAUUUAUUUUUGUGCUGUAAUUUACUGAGGUUUUUUUUUGGUUGUUACCGAUGAUUAUGCUGAUGAGACCGCAUAAUUUUCAUCGAUACCUCUUUACUUCUCUUCUAAUGAAUUAAUGAGAUUGUGCUGUUUUCGUGUAUGCGUAUAACUGAGUAUGUGGUUGAGAUUUUUAAGUGUGUGUGUGUGUGUGUAUGCUUGGAAUGAUCGGAUAUACGUCGAACAGUGAUGUACUGAUCAAUGAUGAUAUUGGAUUUACCGGUUUCUUUUUCAUAGAUAUAUCUUCAUAAUCCCGUAAAUUGAUAAAUGAAUAAUUAACUGGGUGUUGAUACACUAUGAUAUAUACAGAAAUAAGAUGGUUCUUUACAUAUACUUCAUUUUUUUUUAAAAAAAAAAAGAAAAACAAUGCACACCACUAUUGUCUCCGUUUCUUGGUUCCCCACUUAGGCGUUUUUUGUUUUGUUUUGUUAUUACAUAUUAGUCAAUUUUUCUCUCUCUCUCUCUUCCCAAUUCGAUCAUUUUUAUUACCAUGAUGAAUAUGUAGUGUAUAAUGUUAUAUGCCUCUCAUUUUUACAAUUUCUAUGAUUCUUAUGUUGAACACACUUUAAAAUAAAUAAAUACACAUAUACACAUGAAUCCAAUUUUCCAAUGUAUCACUUACAAGCAAGUUGUACGUGAUCAUGUUAAUUAUAAUACUAAUACUACUAUGACUAUUAAUGAUGAUGAUAAUAAUAAUACUAAUACUAAUAAUUCUUUACAAUG